CAGCAUGAAAGAGCUCCUUCGAAUGAUCAUCCUUUGCGGAUUUGUCAGAGAUUCAAUAUCUACCUGUCUUAAGAACAAUGAUCAGCAUAUCUGUGACACGUUAGAAUACGAUGGUGAAUCAGGCAUCCAAUCCAUUGUUUUUGUGUUAAGCAAUAUCGAAGAACUCAAUUCGACUUCCUUUAGCAAUCCAAAACUCAAGUCCAUAAAAAGUUUGACGCUUGGUGGAAAUAAAAUCCACAGGAUAGAACCGGGAUCAUUUAAGGGAUUCCCCAGGCUGACCUCCCUCUUAAUUUCCAACAAUGAAUUGCGUACCGUCCAACCUUCCUGGUUUUAUAAUUCGACUCUCUUAGAAACCCUUAACAUAACGUCUAGCAAGAUUCAAGUGGUCGAACCUCAGAUGUUGGCUGGAUUCUCUGCUUUGAAAUUGCUUAAUUUUAAGAAUAAUACCAUCAAAAAGAUUGGAAGUGAGAGUUUUAACGACCUCUCCAAAUUAACCUACCUUGACUUAUCAUCCAAUGAACUCCCAUACCUUGACUGGCGGGUGGUAAGCCACUUGCACAAUGCCACAUUCCGAUUUGAUGGAAAUCCGUGGAAUUGCACCUGCAUACUUAAAGAUUUUUCAUUGUUUCUGCAAGAGUUGACCAACACUUCUCGUUUGGAUGAAGCAAAAAACGUGACUUGUCACAAUCCACCUGCUCUCCAUGGCACCCCAGUCUGGGACGUUAAUUUUGCGAAUUGCUCCUCAUCCAGUAUAGAUGAGAUCCCUGCUGCUGUUUUCAAUCAGAUUGUUUUGCCAGCCCUGCUGGUACUGCUCGGCGGUCUUUUCUUCUUUAUGGCUUUGUGGACGAUUGUGUGUUUUCUGGCAAAAUGCUGGAAGAAUAAAGUGGCAAAUGUAACAGAUGAAAGACCAGAUACAGACUGGGAUCAUGGCAAGAAUUCUGCAGAGAAGGUGCACACCAACUUGCCAGCUGUGUCCAUGAUGUCCCGACAUAACCUAACCAACGUCAUGGACGAGCAGCAUUCAUCGGCUCUAGAGAAACGAACUGAUCGCGCUCAGUGUGCACUUGAUAAAUCUAAGGACUAUUAUGAGAAUCCUGGCAGAGGGUUCCUGAUAAACGUCUCUAAAGACCCAGACGAGAAUCUGAACACGCUCAAAAACUGUGACAUCUUCUUCGAGUCAGAGUUUAAAUUCAGUAAUAGACAUGGUGGAGCAAUGUUUUCUAAGUGUUCCAGUUCUCCAGGUCUUAUUCCUGUUAAUGAAAAGCUCACGGAUUUCAAAAACAGUGCAAUGUAUAAUUUAAAGGAUCCCACGGAUAUGAGUGUAUCAAGAGUACAGAACAAUACCAAUGAUAUCAGUUUAAAGGAGCCUGGCUUGGGUUCUGCUGGUGAAGAAUCUCACUCGCCCAUUGGCCUGGAACUGCAGACCAGUGACAAUGUCAACAGGCUAAAUCUCCAGGAGGGGAAGGCUAAUAACAUUGGGGACAUUGUUGAUAGUGAAACGGAUUUAGAAAAAUAUGUAGAGACACAUGUGGAAUCAUCACGUUUGGCACCGACUGCAUUUAACUGCAUGGAGAAUUCUGGAGAAGCUACUAAAUCCCAAAACUGCAGCACAUUGAACAAAAGAUGUAAAACAUGCAACAAUUUCAGCAGCAUAUCCAAAAACUAUAACAAAAUGGAAAACAAGUUUGCUCAAGAAAAUGGGAAUCAUGAGAACGCACUUCAUGAAAAAUUAGUGUUCUUUAAAAACAAAGAAUUAAAAUAUUUUGAGGACCACAAAUCCCCAGAAUGUUUUCAGAGCUUUGGACAAAAUCAAACAAACAAAUAUUCUGACUCUCAAGAUGAGUUUGUUCAUUUCCAUUGGCCUAAGCUAGAAAAAUCAUCAAUAAACCUUGAUACUGUCAGCCAGCCAGACCCAACUUUAGAAGAUGAUACUCACAAUGUAGAUGUCAAUGUGUCUUUUUCUCCUCUGUGUCAGUUGGGUUACGAGUCCAUGGGUGAAAAACAUGCAGAUAAUGUGUAUAUAACCAGCCUAAACCAGACACAGACCUUUGGUUCAGAGAGUGGCUCUACAAAUGAUGAAGAUCAUUUGCCAAAGAUUUGCUCUAAUAAUGUUAAACCUUGUACAUCAUUCCAGAAGAACAUUUUUACAACCGAGAAAAGAAAAGAGACAUUUCCUAUAAUACCCAACAUAACAGAAAAGGAGCGAUUUUGGAAACACCAUGCAAAUUGUUGUGAUGAGUCCAAAACAUGUCCAACAGCCCAAAAUAUUUCGAAACAACUGAAAACAAUGUCAAACGAGCAUCUAAGUAUGGGAUCGGUCCAAAAGCCUCCAUCAGAUGAAGACCUCCUUGAAGAACAAGUCUCCCUUCCAACUUUGUCUUCUGAAAACGCUGGAUAUCCACUGGUCCAGCCUGACAUGUAUCGCCAGAAAAACUUUGCAAGUUUGCCAAAUCUGAACAUUUUUCAAGAAAAAAAAUCUCAAGGAUGCCCGGAUUUUAAUACAGCAGUACCAGUCACGGUAACUCAUAAUCAAAAACUUGAUUACUAUAUAACAAAUGGUCAAAGCAAUUUUGAAACGUAUGACUUGAAAUCGGGCAGUCAAAUUUUGAAUACAUUUGAAGAACAUCUGAAAAGUAGAGAGGGUGCAGCUUCUAGCUCUGUCUCUCUAAGAGAAACUGAGCAACAGAUCAUAAUAAAUAAUUGUCAUGGUUCAGGAAUAAGCUCAUGGACUUCCAUAAUAUCAACAGAAAGUGCAUCAAUCUCUGAGGAAAAGGCAGGUGAUGAGAAUGAAAAAGUUGGAGAUGAAACCCCAUCAUGUAACAACCACCAACAACUCAGUAGAGUUGCCUUUUGGGAUAGUCACCUGGACACACAAACACAUCUCCUACAUUCAGUCCCUGAGUCAACCAACGUACACUGUAACAAUGAGGCAGCAGAUGUGAAAAGUAAUCAAACAGUAUACACGCCCUGUGCAACAAACAUUACAGUAUCUGAUACAGUGGUGACUGAGGCAUGUGACAUUAAACCGAGCUCCGAAAAUGCGUCCGUUAAUUCUAAUGAAUUAUUGUGUGUUGAGAAUGAUUCUGAGUAUGGUGACAAUACAAGAAAGCCAAGCUUGACGCUUCAUGAUAUCACUGGACUUUCUAGUGAUGUGGCGGAACCUGUUCAACAUAACAAUGUUUUGGAACAACAUGACCAAGAAAUUCCAGAAGAAUUUAUUUUUGGCCAACAGGAAAUCGAAAAUAGAUUUGAAAACCAUCCAGUGCUUGAUCCAGAUGGUUUAAGCUGUCUUCUCCACAUAGAACCUGUUGAUUACAAAACAGCUAUAAAUUUAAACAGCAACCCUAGAAGUUACAAUAAUGGUGACCCAACCAGUGCUGUAGCCACUUGCAAUCUAAAUAGACCGACCGCUAAUAUCCACACCGAUGGUGUAAAUGAAAGAAACGUUAUGUGUGACAAUGUACAAAGUUGUAAUGCAGAUAUCAAAAUUGUUAAGAACAACGCAGCUCAUUUCACUGGAAGGGAAGUCACAUCGAAAGGCGAUGGAAGUUAUCAUUUGGAUUCAGCUGUCACUAAUGUCUCUGCAACAGGCCAAAAAAUGGGAAACAUACCAACUGGUCAAAGAAGCCAAAGCAGAAAAUUAAAUGGCAAAAGACUCCAGAAAGACCAAGAGUACAAGAUGAAGAAAUUAGGAAAUAAAGUUUCUCCACUUAGCCCCUUAGAUGAAGAAAAUAAUGUCGAUCUCACAGACUACCGAUCAGCCAAACUUUCCAAGAAAGCUUACCACUCUAUAUUUUCAAUUUCAAUGAAGAUGUCCCAGCUGGAAGACCACAAAGAAGAAGAACAUAAUGUCACCCAUCUAGAAGAUCACAAUUCCAUCCAAGAUCCAAAAAGGUUAAGAAUAUCGAUGAACUUGGCAGGACAUGAUUCACAAGAUGAACUAAAAUAUAACGACACUAAAGUUAUAAAUAGUGAUGAAAUGAAUCCUCUAGAAUAUAUAAAUUAUCUCUAUACCAGGAAAUUAAAGCCUUUUCAUGAUUUAUUUGGAGGAUCAGGUAAGAUUGACCACAAGACAAAUGAGCUUAGUGUCCUUUCAAACCUCCAUUUCUGUAAAGUUGCUGGGAAAGUCCAAUUUGGGCCAGAAACCACAGAACCAGUUGCCAGUGCUCAGGAAGAUGAUGCAGAGCCCAUUAUAGUCUCACUUAAUUCUGACUGUGGCUAUUUACCCCCUACUAAGCAGGAACUGAGAGCAGAUAGCGAGUUGGCAGUUUUGAACAUUAUGAAAACUUUAAAGAAGAGUCUAGAUCUUCCAGCAAUGUGUAAUGAGGCCAGUGUGACAACAUAAA